CGGCGUCUGUUCCCAAGAUGGCGGCGGCCGCUAGCGCCGAGGCGGGGGGCAGCGAGGGGCUCGCGGGUCGGCGCGGCCACCUGGGCAUCCCCGAGGCCGUCUUCGUGGAAGAUGUAGAUUCUUUUAUGAAACAGCCUGGAAAUGAGACGGCAGAUACAGUUCUUAAGAAGCUGGAUGAACAGUACCAGAAAUAUAAAUUUAUGGAACUUAAUCUUGCUCAAAAGAAAAGGAGGCUAAAAAGUCAGAUUCCUGAAAUCAAACAGACGUUAGAAAUUUUAAAACACAUGCAGAAGAAAAAGGAGUCCACAAACCCGAUGGAGACCAGGUUUUUAUUGGCAGAUAACCUCUAUUGCAAAGCUUCAGUUCCGCCUACAGAUAAAGUGUGUUUGUGGCUGGGGGCCAAUGUGAUGCUUGAAUAUGAUAUUGAUGAAGCCCAGGCUCUAUUAGAAAAGAAUCUUUCCACAGCUACAAGAAAUCUUGAUUCACUAGAGGAAGAUUUGGAUUUUCUUAGAGAUCAGUUCACCACUACGGAAGUCAAUAUGGCUAGAGUUUAUAAUUGGGAUGUAAAGAGAAGAAACAAGGAUGAUCCUUCAAAAAACAAAGCAUAGUUUGGCCAAUUUUAAAUGUGGUCUGUUUCCAAAUACUUUUUUUUUUUUUAUUAUUAUUAUUAUUAUUAUUAUUUUAAAUGCCCCCAAAGUUCAUCCUUAAGGGACUGAGUUUAAUCACUUCAAUAAAUGAU